AUGGUGCUGUUCUGGAGCUCUUGGCUGACCCUGGCACUGGCUCUGGGCCCGGUUGGCCAGGCGGUGGCACAGGGGCAGGACUGCACGGGCGUGGACUGCCCGCCUCUGGAGCACUGCAUCGAGGAAGCGCUGGAGCCAGGCGCCUGCUGUGCCUCUUGCGUGCAACAUGGCUGCCUGUGCGAGGGCUACCAAUACUACGACUGUCUGCGUGGUGGGUUUGCACGCGGCCAGGUGCCCGCCGGCCAGUCCUACUUCGUGGACUUUGGCAGUACUGAAUGCUCUUGCCCGCCGGGCGGUGGUAAGAUCAGCUGCCAGUUCAUGCUGUGCCCAGAGCUGCCGCCCAACUGCAUCGAGCCCGUAGUGGCCGCCGACAGCUGCCCGCAGUGUCGUCGGGUGGGCUGCACGCACGCUGGUCGAAAGUAUGCCGCUGGCCACACUGUGCAUCUGCCCCCCUGCCAGGCCUGCCACUGCCCUGACAGCGGAGGAGAGCUUAUCUGCUAUCAGUUGCCCGGCUGCCAAGAUGGCCCUGAGCCCAUGCCCGCUGUUUCGCAUGGGAACUUCUCAGACCCCGAGGAGGCCGACCCCGAGCAGCACUACGAAGACCCCUACAGCUACGACCAGGAGGUGGCUUUGGAGGGGGAGCUGCAGGAAGGCCCUGCUGCCCUGGGGGGCGAGCAGCACGCACCUUCUGCCGUCCAGGCCACCUCCUGGUCAGCUCUGCUCCUCAGGCCCACCGUGGCAGCUGCCCUGGGUCUCCUGGCCCCUGUGCAGAUGAAAGCCAGGAGAGUGACGGAAGACAGCCUGGAGGACUUGCAGGAGCAGAGGGAGGAUGGUCCAGCGCCGGAGGAGCUGGCUGUUGAGAACCCCCAGGAUCUCCCCCUGUUGCCUACUGCAGCCCCUGACCCAGAGGAGAUGGCGGAAGCCAGGGAGAGUCCUGAGGAGAAUCUUAUUCCAGAUGCCCAGGCCACCUCCCACAGCGGCCGACCAGGGGGAGCGGAGCCCACGCAGGGCCCCAGGGUGGCCAGCUUCCCUGUGUCACAUACCACCCUCAGCCCACCUGGGACCUCUGCCAAGCCCAGCACUACUGCUGCCCCGACCACACCACCCCAAGAGCCAGAGUGGGGCCCACCUGCUCAGGAAGUGCCUCCCAAGCUGCCUGUGUUGCCCCAUUCUCCACCAGAGGAAGACAUGGAGCCCAAUUCCGUUCAUUCCGUGCCCAGGGGCGAUGCUGAAGUCUCCACCAAGGACCUGAUCGAGACUUGCUGUGCGGCUGGACAGCAGUGGGCCAUCGACAACGACGAGUGCCUGGGGAUCCCUGAGAAUGGUGCUGAGGGCGACGUCUGCAGGACUGCCCAGAUGCAGUGCUGCGUGUCCUACUUGAAGGAGAAGAGCUGUGUGGCCGGCGUCAUGGGUGCCAGGGAAGGCGAGACUUGCGGUGCCGAAGACAAUGACACCUGUGGUCUCUCCCUGUACAAGCAAUGCUGUGACUGCUGUGGCCUAGGACUCCGUGUGCGGGCUGAGGGCCAGUCCUGUGAGUCCAACCCCAACCUGGGCUACCCCUGCAACUACGUCAUGAUGUCUUGCUGUGAGGGCGAGGAGCCACUCAUCGUGCCUGAGGUCCGCCAUCCAGAGCCCAGGGACGUGCCCCAGAGAGUUUCAGAGACAGACGUGUCAAGCCGGGAGGCGCUGAGUCUGGGCACAGAGACAGAGCUGCCCAACAGCCUUCCCGGUGAUGACCAGGACGAGUGUCUGCUGCUGCCUGGGGAACUCUGCCAGCACCUCUGCCUCAACACCGUGGGCUCCUACCGCUGUGCCUGCUUCCCCGGCUUCUCUCUCCAGGAGGACGGCCGUACAUGCCAGCCAGAGGGAGACCCGGAAUCUAAGGCCAUGGAGGAGACUGCAUUGAGGUCUGAGCCCCCUCAGGGACUCCCCAACACUGUCCCACUUCCUGUGCCGAAGCCCAACACCUGCAAAGACAAUGGGCCAUGUAAGCAAGUAUGCAACAUCGUCGGGGGCAUGGCCAUGUGUUCCUGCUUCCCCGGCUACGCCAUCAUGGCUGAUGGCGUGUCCUGUGAAGACCGAGACGAGUGUCUAAUGGGCACUCACCAGUGCAACCGGCGCCAGUUCUGUGUGAACAGCCUGGGAUCCUACUACUGUGUCAACCACACAGUGCUGUGUGCCGAGGGCUUUAUCCUCAACAGGCACAGGAAGUGUGUGGACAUCAACGAGUGUGUGACAGCCCUGCAUACAUGUAGCCGGGGCGAGCACUGCGUGAAUACCAUAGGCUCUUUCCGAUGCUUCAAGGCUCUUACCUGCGAACCUGGAUAUUCCCUCCAGGAUGGAGAGUGCACAGACGUGGACGAGUGUGCAUUGGGCACACACAGUUGCCAGGCCGGCUUCGAAUGCCAGAACACGGAGGGCUCCUUCUACUGCCAGGCACGCCAGCGCUGCAUGGAUGGCUUCCUGCUGGACCCCGAGGGCAACUGUGUGGACAUCAAUGAGUGCACAUCGCUGACAGAGCCCUGCAGGCCUGGCUCCAGCUGUGUGAAUACAGUGGGCUCCUACACAUGCCAGAAGAACCCACUGCUCUGCACACGGGGGUACCAUGUUAACCAGGAUGGGGACACAUGUGUGGAUGUGAACGAGUGUGAGACAGGGGUGCACCAGUGUGGCGAUUCUCAACUCUGCAACAACCUCCCGGGCUCCUACCGCUGUGACUGCAAGCCCGGCUUCCAACGGGACGCCUUUGGCCGCAGCUGCAUUGAUAUUAAUGAGUGUUGGACGUCGCCGGGCCGUCUCUGCCAGCACACAUGUGAGAAUACCGUGGGUUCUUACCGCUGUUCCUGUGCCACUGGCUUCCUGCUGGCCGAAGAUGGCAAACACUGUGAAGAUGUGAAUGAGUGUGAGAGUAAUCGCUGCAGCCAGGAAUGUGCCAACAUCUACGGCUCCUACCAGUGCUACUGCCGCCAGGGCUACCAGCUGGCUGAGGAUGGGCAUUCCUGCACAGACAUUGACGAGUGCGCCCAAGGUGCUGGCAUCCUCUGUGCCUUCCGCUGUGUCAACGUGCCAGGGAGCUACCAGUGCGCAUGCCCCGAACAGGGCUACACCAUGAUGGCCAACGGGAGGACCUGCAAAGACCUGGAUGAGUGUGCCCUGGGAACCCAUAAUUGCUCCGAGACUGAGUCCUGCCACAACAUCCAGGGCAGUUUCCGCUGUCUGAGCUUCAGCUGUCCACGCAACUACGUGCGCGUCUCAGAAACGAAAUGUGAACGGACCACCUGCCAUGACUUCACCGAGUGCCAGAACUCGCCCGCCCACAUCACCUUGUACCAUCUCAACUUCCAGACGGGCCUCCUGGUGCCUGCGCAGAUCUUCCGCAUCAGCCCUGUGCCCAUUUACGCGGGGGACACCAUCGUCCUCACCAUCACCAAGGGCAAUGAGGAAGGCUACUUUGGCACCAGGCGCCUCAACACCUACACUGGCGUGGUUUACCUGCAACGCUCCGUGCAACAGCCCCGGGACUUCGCCCUGGAUGUAGAGAUGAAACUUUGGCGCCAGGGCUCUGUCACCACCUUCCUGGCCAAAAUGUACAUCUUCUUUACUACCUUUAUCUAGUGAGACCUUCGGGGAAGCUUCCGGCAGGAACCCUGUGCCUACCCCCAUCCACCCUGUCUGCACCCCGUCCCCAGCUUACCCCUUUGAGGGGGUUGCUGGACACCACAUUGUUGG